CUUUUAUUUACUUUGGCUAUGCCCAGAACAAAAAAAACCUCAAAAAAGACAAUAGUAUAGGGUUUUACAGAGGUACACUCACAAUCCUGAAUAGAGAAAGAGAGAAUGUGGAGAUCAACGUUAGUAGCAAGGAGAUCAUUUCUCAGUAAACUUGUAUCAAAUCAAAGCUUUCAUGGCCUCCAAAACAACAUAUCCAAGAAUCAAACUUUAGCUCCAGUGACAGUGAGUUCAUUUGAAUCUUCAUUUCGUUAUUAUUCUCAUUGGUUAUCUUCCAAAUCUUGUUUACAUGAAACAACAAGACUUUUCUCAUCAACCCCAUCUUCAGAUUCUGAAUCUUUAGGUUCUGUACCCAUUGAAAAUGAUAAUAAAGAUACUGUUUUUAUAGACAAUCUUGAAGUUGUUUCAUCUGAAUCCCAUGAAGGGUCCUCUAGUUUUGGAGAUAAUAAGGUUGUAAUGGAAAAUGAUAAUAAAGACACUGUUUUUGGAGACAAUCUUGAAGUUGUUUCAUCUGUAUCCGAUGAAGGUUCCUCUGAUUUUGGAGAUAAUAAUGUUGUAAUGGAAGAUGGUGAAGAAGUGGAGGAAGUAAAAGAAUUAGAUUUGGAGAAAUUGGAGAGUGUGUUGUCUCUAUUGCAGAGUAGUGGUAGUAUUAAUGGAUCUAUUGAGUCUAGUCUUGAGGAAAUUGGGUUGUCUUUGAAUGAGGAGUUGGUUGUUAAAGUGCUCGAGACGCCAUAUAUACCUGGGGAGAAUUUGAUUUCUUUUUUCAAGUGGGCGUUGAAGAAACCCGAGUUUAAUGUGACGUAUAGGGCGAUUGAGUUGUUGGUUACUGCAGUUUGUAUUGAAGGUAGGAAUGUUUAUGCUUUAUGGGAUUUGGUUAAGGAGAUUGGAGAAAAGGAGAAAGGGAUAGUGACUGCUGAGAUUCUUAAUGAAUUGAUUGCUUUACUGUCGAGGUUAGGUAAAGGAAAGGCUGCGUUCGAGAUCUUCAAUAAGUUUGGGGAGUUAGGAUGUGCUCCGAAUGCUGAUACAUACUAUUUUACAAUUGAAGCUCUUUCUAAGCGUUCGAUUUAUGAUUGGACUUCUACUGUUUGUGAGAAGAUGCUAAAUGCUGAUAUGUUGCCUAAAGGUGGCGAGAAAGUCGGAAAAAUUGUUUCUUUUCUGUGUAAAGGAAAUAAGUCUAGAGAUGCGCACUUGGUUUACUUGUCGGCAAAGGAGAAAAAUAUUAGUCUGCCUGUAUCUUCUAUUAAGUUCUUGAUCAGCUCUCUUUGUCGCAAAGAUGAAAGCGUUAAACUUGCACUAGAGAUGUUAGAUGAGUUUCCUGAAAAAGAGCGGAAGCAUGCCAUUAAGUCGUUCUCGUAUGUCAUUAACGGGUUGUGUAGGGCAAAAGAUGUAGACAUUGAUGAGGCCAAAAACCUGCUCUUAAAAAUGAUCGAUGCAGGACCGCCUCCCGGCAAUGCAGUAUUCAAUACGGUUAUUAAUGCACUCUCCAAGAAGGGAGAAAUGGGAGAAGCUAGGAAACUGUUGAAGGUGAUGGAGGGUAGAGGUUUGAAACCUGAUGUGUACACUUACAGUGUAAUUAUGAGCGGUUAUACAAAAGGGGGUGAGAUGGAGGAGGCUCGUAAGAUUUUGAAUGAAGCCAAAAAGAAGCACUCCAAGCUGAGUCCCGUCACUUAUCACACAAUUAUUCGGGGUUAUUGCAAGCUUGAAAAGUAUGACAAGGCUCUGGAACUAUUGGGAGAGAUGAAGGAAUAUGGUGUUCAGCCUAAUGCGGAUGAAUAUAACAAGAUUAUUCAAUCUCUCUGCCUUAAGGCUUUAGAUUGGACAACAGCAGAGAAGCUGCUUGAGGAGAUGAAGGAGAAUGGGCUGCAUCUAAAUGCAAUCACAAAGGGUCUUGUUAGAGCAGUUAAGGAGUUAGAGCAGGAAGAAGUAGGAACAAAUGAAAUAAUGACUACAGCAUAAUAGUUAGUAAGCAGGUGAUUCGUGUCCCAAGAUAAAUUGCUGAACAGAGAAGAAUGGGAUGUUAGUCAUAGCUGAAGAAGGGAUUACUGUAUGGCCACUGGUUCAUAAUUUCACAUCAAUUGCUUUGGUGAGAGGAGAACGCUGUCUCAUCACCUUAAAGUAUCCAAGCUUCUUUUUUGGCAAGUAACUUGUUGACUCAAUUUUGACUUGCAGUCUUAUAAGAUGUGAGACGUUGAAAAUCUACAUUGCCUUUCGUUUGAUUGUAGUUAAAUUUGUAAUGCUGGUUUCUACUGCCGCUGCUCUAACUUCAUUUUCUAUCUACACUAUUAAAAGAUAACCAGAGUCUCAUGUGA